CUCUCUUCCCACAUUAUGUUCAAAUCUCGAAGCAAACACCACAAAGAAAUAAACUUUUAAUAACUAAUCCUCUCAGACAACAAUCUUCAGAGUUUCAUCUGUAAAAUGGCAUCACCAAAGUCACCAACCAGACCGACCCAACAAAACCCAGAACCCAGUUUCCACGAUUUCCUCCCUGCCAUGGCCGGGAAGCUAGGAGGCGAGGGUCUGAUCGGAGAGCUCUGCAACGGAUUCGAGCUGUUGAUGGACCGAGAGAAAGGUGUCAUCACGUUCGAGAGCCUCCGGCGUAACGCGGCGGCGGUGCUGGGUCUCGGAGAUCUGACGGACGAAGACGUAAGGUCUAUGAUCAAGGAAGGGGAUUUCGACUGCGACGGGGCGUUGAACCAGAUGGAGUUCUGCGUGUUGAUGUUUAGGCUUAGUCCUGACUUGAUGGAUGCGUCGAGGUGUCUGGUCACGGAAGCCAUCGAGGAGGAAUACGGCCGGUAUUGACACCGGAGAGAAAGGAAACACUUCCUUUGAUUUUAACUGAUUCAUUUUUUACUUUUUCACAUUUAUUUGUAUUCAUUUCGUAGAAUUAUACGUAUAAAUUGGAUUAUAAAACUCGGAAGUUACAGUUUAUUUUUCUCGUA